AUGGCUGAGCCAUCCCCCGACGCCAUCAAAACCAACAACAGUCACCUGGGAGGUAUCACACGCCUCUGCUUCUCCCGGGACGGCGCCACCAUCUUCACCGCAGGUAGUGAUUGUCUUGUUAGGAUUCACAAGGCAGACAAUCCAGAAAGUGAACCCGGGUUCCAUGAUGAUCACCACGAAGACGUGACCUGUUUAGCUAGCUCUUCCGAUCAAUUGAUCACCGGAUCUGUAGACAACAUCGUGAGACACUACUCUUAUCCUCAAAACGAGUUUCUAGGGUUUGUCACGCGCUCGUCAGGGGUACCCAUUAGGUUCUUGGAUGUCGACAAGGCGGGGGAGAGGGUGGCGGUUUGUAGCGAUGAUAUGGUGGUGAAAAUAGUCGACCUCAAGGAUACCUCGAUCUGGUCUCAGACAACCAUAUGUUGCGAUGGAAAGCUUAAGAUCUACGAUACCACAGGUUCUACCGCUAUUUGUGUCAAGGUUUUCGAAGCUGUUGUCUACGCGAGUGAAUCCGACUCCAAGUCGUCUUGUUACGCGCAAUGGCAUCCUUCUGGGGCAUACUUUGCUGUGCCCACGCGCACUAAUGACAUUGCAAUCUACAAUCGAGAUUCUUGGACCAAGCAGUCGACUUUUGUCCCUGACGGUCCCAAAGCUCUUAUAGGUGAACUUACCUGGUCCCCUAAUGGACGUUACUUGGCCGCCUCGGCUGCUGCCAAUAUUUACGUCUUCUCCACCGACACACGUCAACCUGUCGCCGCAUACACCUGCCCCAAGGGUGCUAUCUCCGCCCUUGCCUUCUCUCCCAUCUCAAAUCUCCUUGCUUUCACCUCUCUCGAUGGCUCCUUCCACCGUUGGUCUGAUCCAAUCUCCAGCGAUCUUGCCGAUCCCGUGUCGGACGAUGAGGCGAGGCAAAAGAAAUUUGAACAGUUGUUGGACGAUGAAUUCGGAGACGAUGAUGGAGAGAUCCAAGAGAAAGGGGAGGAUCUGGGGGACGACGAGCUUUUCGGGGACGAUGCGUGGAUCGUGGAUGAUGACGGCAAAUAUACAGGGUAUGGCAAAGAUGAGGAGGACAAGCCAAAGGGGAGAACCGCGGUGGGUAUCUCCAGAGCCCAGGAGGCUUUCGAGCCAGGAAGCACGUCCUUCAGAAACAAAAAGCGUUACCUCGCGUUCAACAUGAUCGGUGUGAUCGACGUCACAGACCAAGAAACUCAUAAUGUCGUCAACGUCGAGUUCCACGACAGGUCUGCGCGCCGCGGCUACCACUUCCAAGACCACCACAAGUACACGCUCGCCUCCCUCGGAGAACAGGGUAUCGCCUACGCCUGUGAAUCCGAGGACGAACAGCCUUCCAUCGUCUACUACCGCCCUUACGACUCGUGGACUACUCAGGCAGAUUGGCAAAUAGACCUCUCACCUGGAGAGGACGCGGUCUGUGUUGCUGCGGGGGGUGGGCCAAGUUCCGAGCUGUGGAUGGGAAGCGUGGUUGUCGCGACGAGUAAGGGAUUUGUGCGCUUCUUCACUGCGAGUGGGGUGCAGAGGUAUCUGUGGAGCUUGGGAGAGGAUGUCAUCACGAUGGCCGCUGGGAGGGGAGAGGUCGUGGUAGUCCAUCGGGAAGGGCCAGCGGUGGAUGGCUGUCAGAAUUUGAGGUAUACGUUGCUUGACUUGGAUACGUUCGAUAUCAUCCAGGAGGGCAAGAUCCCAUUACCACGGAAGAUUGAGCUCGACUGGAUUGGAUUCACGUCUGAAGGAGUUCCUGCAAUCUAUGACUCUGCUGGUCUUCUUUCCGUCCUCGAUCGUCAUCGUCGCCCUGGCCAAGCCCGCUGGGUACCUUUGCUCGACACCACGUCUCUCGCUAAAGACGGCAGGAAAGAAGCUUACUGGCCUGUGGGCGUGUCCCAGACGCACAUGUCUUGUAUCAUCCUCAAGGGUUUGGAAGUGGAGCCCUGGUUCCCCAGACCACUUUUGCAAGAGAUUGAACUGCGCAUGCCGAUGCUCAAUAUGAUAGAGCAGCAAGGCAAGUCUGAAGAAAGUCUCGCUCGAGGCUCUCUUACCCUGACCAACCUUUCCCCGAUCGAUCCCGAGGCUUCCUACACCAAAAAGGAGACCGAAGUCGCCCUCGACAAAGAGAUUCUCCAGCUCAUUCAGGGUGCUUGCAAAGCCGACAAGCUUCAGCGCGCCCUCGAUCUCGCUCGUCUCGUAUAUCAGCCAGAGUCCGUGAAGGCCGCUUCCACCAUCGCUGCCUUCUACCACCUACCUGGUCUCAAAGACCGGAUCCUCAACGUCCGAGGUGAGAAGGAUAAAAAGGGCAAGGAGAGGAAGUUGAAGGAGAAAGAGAUGGAAAGGGCGAGGGGAAAGGACUACACUGGGGUCAACCAGAAGGCGACGAUGCCGGAGACGUCGAGCAGUAGACAAUUCCAGGACUUUGCACCUAGGUCGAGGAGGGCAGUUGGAUCUUCCGUUAAUCGAGACUCGACACCGGCGUCGAGCAACCCAGUGUAUGUCCCCGAGACGCCCGGGGAAGAUGUGGAAAUGGAAGAUGUGGAUUUCGGCAGAGAGAGAGGCGGGAGUCCUGCAAUCGAAAAGAGGAAAAGGGACAAGGAAUUUGAAGAGUUUGAUGCUCCAAGUAAGAAGCGAGGGUCCGAGUUUCCAUUCGCGAAGCCUGCUGCUGUCCCUGCCAAAAACCCGUUCGCCAAAAAGCCAGCUGGCUCCAAUCCGUUUGCCAAGGCUUCUGGGGGCGCGACUCCGCUAGAUGGCAAGAAGAGCACGAGCUUCUUCGAUCGAGUCGACAAACUUGAGACUGAUGGAGUCCCUAAGACGAAAAAGAUGAGUAAGAAGGAAAAGGCUGCCGAGACUGCUGCGUCCGGCGGCAAGCAAACUUCCCUUUUUGCGGCUGGUAUCUCCAAAAAGUCCAAGAAGGCCGACCCCGAGACCGCAGUGGAGGAAGAGGAGAGACAGGAGACGGAUAUUGGAGACGACGCCGCGGAAACGUUCGUGGAAGCUUCUGCCCAAGAGUCUCUGGAUCCGGUAGAGGAAGAGGAAGAAGAUGCGGAGGAAGUGGGCACACAAGUGGAUGAGACUCAGGCUCCCAAGAUCUCAAGUGCCCGUCUCAGGGCCUUUCAAGUCAAGAUGGCUAACCCGGAUACAGCAGCCCGAGAAGCGAUCACCAUUGUCUUGCCACUUCUUUUGCUUUUCGUGGCCUCGAUAUGGUUGUUCAAACGUGGAGGUAAGAAGAGCUCGGGAGACUCGAAACCAAGAGGGGGAGGUAGGAGAGGGGGGGAUGAUAAUGAUGGUGAUAAUGGAGGGGGUGGAGGGGGUGGGCGAAGUCAUGAUCUCGGAGGUGACGGAGCUUCGCGUCCCAAUGGGGGCGGCGGCGGCGGGGGUGGUGGCGGGGGUGGUGAUGGAAAUGGUGGCGGAGGUGGUGAUGAUGCUGAUCGUAAGAGACGCCGCAAGAAUCAAGACAAGAAGGACAGGAAGGACAGGAAGGACAGGAAGGACAAAGAAGACCAGGAGAGGAGGGAGAAGGAUGCAGAACGCGAGAAACGAAAAGAGGACAGGAAAAGGCAAAAGGCAAAAGAAGCUGAUGAACGUCAGGAACAAGAAGAGAAGGCCCGCAAAGAGCAGGAGAAGGCUCACAAGAAAGCAGACGGGGAUCGUGCCAGGGAUAGGGGCAGGGGGGAUGGUGCAGAUAAAGGGCUUGGAUCGCGCGGCGCCAACGGUAGUGAUGACAGCGACACUAGCGAUGACGAUGGGAAUAAUCAAGAUGACAGAGGAGGGGUUCGCCGUGACGGGCGCCACAAAUCUCCUGCUACUGGCAGCAGCUCUCCACUCACCUCGGCAGGGGAUGCUUCCGACGAUGCCUCAGCUCAAACUGGCGAUCACACACCUUCAGGGAAGCCUUCCCGCGACCACCCUCCAAGAUCAACGCAAGAUCCUCCCUCUGACUCUCCCCUUUCUUCGUCUGAUUCCGAUUCCAGCAGCCCGAUUGAAUAUACCACUGGAGGUGGUGACGGGGGUGGCGGAGAUGACCCGCCUCCUCCUGGUUCACAAGGCAAGGUCCGGAACGUCUUCAAGAUUGCUGACGAUGUAAGUCUCGCUGUCAAUAGCCGAGGCGGCCAAAGGUAUCGCGUACGAACCAAUAGUCAGUCAGAUGGAAGCGACUUUGACGACGCUCGAGGUGGCCGGGGGUGGCCAGGAGGAAGAGGUGAUGGUGGCGGUGGCGGUGGUGCCAUCAGGAUACCUCGAGUACCUCCUUACACCACUAUGGGCCCAGCCACACCUAUGACUCCAGGAGGUGCUCAAUUCAAUGACUUGCCUCCUCAAACGCCGGCGCCCUUCCAUCACACUCAGCGUAUACCGGGUACCCCCAACACUGCUCGCACACCUGCGUCUCCUGUAUCAGCAUUGCCACCUGUGACAGCAGCUCUGCAGCAUGGUUAUCCUGUUCUGAUAAACGACGAGGGUGUUGACCCUUGGGCAUAUCGAUCAGCUGCCCCCGGUAAGAGCAGCUUUACUCCAAGUGAUCUGGAUCCUCUGGUCACCAAGGAAGCACAUCGUCAGCCCAGGACGUUAUCCGACAUACUGGGUGUCACGGGCCUCGAAGGAAGCUUGGGUCCGGGCUUGGAUCCAGGCAACAAGUUCGGGCCUACCAUGUUUGGGGACCUCGCAAGACGUACUGAAAACGACAGUCGAGGCGGGUCCAGCGCCAGCCCGGUAAUGGAGCGCACUGGAGUCUGGGGAGAGGCCCCACUGAGCCCGAUAGAUUUGCAGCCUAUUCACAUCCAAAAUUCCAGGGGAGAUGUUGAUGAUGACCGGCCGGCCAUACAGCUUUCUCCCCUUAAACCUCCCAAAUCGUCCUUGAGUGAGAGAGAAAAGACCAAGAAAAAAGAGAAAAGACAUCGAUCAGAAAGAUCUCAAACCCCUACAAGUGCAAGUAAAGUACGAUUUGGCGAUGUCAGCUCGCGCCCUCUCACUCCCAGAAUCGAGGAGAUCCCUGAGGCUUCCGGUGCCAACAUUAAGAAAAAGGUCUCUGGUAAAGAUGCCGUCAAGGACGAUGAGGCAGAAAAGGUGCGCAAGGACAAGGAGAAAGAGAAAAAGGACAAGGACAAGGAGAAAGAGAAAAAGGACAAGGAGAAAGAGAAAAAGGACAAGGAGAAAGAGAAAAAGGACAAGGACAACAAGGACAAGGACAAGAACAAGCGUCAGACCGAGACAAAAACAGAUAAGGAGGACGACGAACCAGAUAAAGAGAAGCAGAUCCGAGAAAAGAAGGCUAAGAAAGCCAAACAGGAAGACACAGAAGAGGAGGAGGAGGUCGCAACAGAAAAUGACAAGAAGAAGAAGGACAAGAAGAAGAAGAAGAAAGAGAAGGACAACAAAAGCAGUGAUCAAGAGACCGAGCAAGAACCAGAAAUGGACGGAGAGAAAAAGAAAACUAAGAAAAAGAAGCUCAAAGAGGUUGAGAUUUUGGUGAAGGACCCAGAGACGGGAGAAAUCAAGAAACAGAAAGUCAUAAAAGAGGUUGAAUCCGAAGAAGAGGGCCCCAGAAAGGUCAAAGAUGCCGGUAAAAAGAAGAAAACCAAAGGCGACAAGGAAAAAGAAGUGACGGAGUCAGCAGAGGAGGAUGCCGUGAAGAAGAAGAAAAAGAAGAAGAAGAAGAGCGGUAAAUCAGAGGAGGAGGAAGAGGAAGAGGAAGAAGGGGAAGAUUCUGGAAAGGCGAGAAAAAAGAAAAAGAAGAGCGAUAAGGGUGGGGAUGACGAUAAGGAGGAUGGAGAAGACACAAAAACAAAGAAGAAAAAGAAAAAGGCACAAGAAGAGGCUCAACCAGAGAGCGACGAGGAAAGCGUGAAAGGUAAAGAAGGCCCCGGAAAGAAGAAGAAGGCCUCCAAGAAACAAAAGGAACGAACCAAAAAUGAUGUGGUCAGCGACCAGGACGAAGAGGACGAAGAAGCCGUGUACCAAAAAUACACCGACAAGGAUGGCAAGCAAAGGCUUCGUAAAGUUCCCGUCGAUGCCCAAAAGAAGCGGAAGAAGCAGCGGCAGCAGAUGGCGGACGCGGGCCAGUAUGAGGAGGACGAAGACGGCGAGCAAGAAAUCUACUAUGAUCGCCAGGGCGCGCCUAUCAAACAGCGCAAAAGCAAGCAACAACGACAAAGGCAACAAGGACAGUCCGACGAAGCUGAUAACACUGUACCAAUUGAGCUGCAAAUGGCCGAUCAAGGUGGAUCAGUGGCACGACAACGAGGAGCUCAAGAUAAUCAGCAGCAACAGCCUCUUGGUGAUCUUGACGAUGACUUGUCUCAAAACCUUUCUCUUGAAGAGCGACGUAGUAUUGCCGAACAGAGAGGCAGAAAGUUGGGGAACAACAAGAUCCCUAAUCGUACUCGGACCGAUGGAGUCGACAAUGAUGUUUCACGCGGGGAAGACGAGGGAGAGGAGGGUACGGAUAAUGCGUCGCUGAAAGACAAAUUGCGUAAUAAAUGGGACAAGGCAAAGAUGAGAGAAGCAGAGGAGCCUGCCGGAAAAGCGGAUACCAAGUCUGAACAACCAAGCACAAGCUCUGAUGGAACCCCUCUUGGGGAAGAAGAUCCCACAGCAAGAAGCGAGCACCGACAGCCCAAGGGUCCGAAGGGACGAGUAUCCGAUCCCGAAGAUGUCGCGCAUGAGGCCGAUAAAGGCGACAAGGAUCAAGGAAAAGACCUUGAGCAAAAGCAGAAGCAAGAAGAUGAAAAGAAGAAGGCAGAUGAGGAUGAGGCUGCUACAAAAGAGAGGGAACGCUUAGCAAAGCUCGCUGAAGCUCGCCGUAAUCUUAUGGGUCAAGUACCUGGACAAAACAGUGGCUUACCUCCACUGCGAGAGAAAGCAUCAGCGCCUUCCGACAAAAGUCUAGCGCAGUUGCGAGCCAACCGGGAGAAUGUCAGACAAGGUCCCAGAAGGCUGAACGAUGAGAUCAGCAACAACGAAGACAAGCAGAAUGAGAACGAAACUCAAGAAGAGGUAAGAGAGGGUGAAGAGCAAACUGGUGCCAAGGGCGAUGAACGUAUCAAGCCUACCAAUCCGCAAGACGCAGCGCGACAAGGGGCAAAAGACAUUGAAGAGCGUUUCCGACGUGAGAGGGAGGAUGCAGGGAAUGCACGCGACACGUCCAAUAGCCCGCAGGAUGGAGCUAGAACAGAGACAAAGCAUGAAGAGCAAGACCGGCAAGAGCGCCAGCAAGAGCAAACACCGCCAGUUCAGGAGUCUGUGCCUUUGGGACAUGAGCAACGUACCUCAGAGACACCAUUGAAACCGGACAGCAUUGAAGAACCUCAGUCGCCUGCUGUAGCAGCUCGAUCCAUCAGCAAUGCAAAGGCAAUCGAUCAGGGAGCAUCCAGGGAGCAGACACCUCGAAGCAACAGUGACGGAGCAACUAUGCAGUCCGAUUCUGAGAAGAGGGUAGCUGCUGCAUUGAAAAGAAAAGAAAUUGCGGAGAAGGAGCACGAGAAGAAGGAGUUAGAAGGGCGCCAGCGUGAAAAAGAAGGACGUUCUUCGGGGGCAGAUGUUGACGUGGCUCGAACCCUUCCUCCUGUCUCCGGAGAUGAAUCCUCCGUAAGGGGGGACGAGUCACAAGACCUCGUACCCACCCAGCCUUCCUCACGUGGAUAUCAAGACUCCCAAAGCCUGCCCCGCCCAUCCAGAUCUGACAAGACAUUCGAAGAGAACAACGGAGUAACAGACAUGCAGACGGUGGACACCCGCCCCCGACAAGAACCCCAUCACAACGAGACUGAAUCCAAUGACGUUCGAGAAUUGCUCGACCUUUCGCAAUUGAACGAUCGAGAAAUAGAAGCAUACGAGCGUGAUGGCACUCUGCCAGCAGCUGUACAGUCUGGGCGUGAGGAGAACGUCAGCUCUGAACUCGUGUCACAGAGUCGAGGCGGGCGAGGUCGUAAAGAUUCAGCUCUCGACGAAGAUGUGCAUGAUGAUCAAUCCCGUGAAAAUGAAUCUACCAAUCUUGUUCGGCAAGGCGAUUCACGAGUCCGAAGAGAGAUAUCUACACAGUCCGAAGUCCCGUUGGAUGGAGCAGAGACGGAUCUCGCGAGCUCGCAGCUCGUCCCUGGUUACGCGCAGAGGUCAGGCCACGAGCAAGGAGGGAGCGAUAGCGCGCUGACAUCCGGGUCUCGUCAUCUUGGGCGGGAGAAUACUGAUAGACGAGGAGAGGCGAUAGACUUGUCUGAAUUGAAUGAUGACGAGAUUGAGGAAUGGGAGCGAAGUGGUAACUUGCCUCUUGCCACAAGAGAAGGAUCACAGAGACCUUCAGAGCCCCAAGAGAUCGUUAGAACAAGACGGAAUGAGCAGAGAGGAGAAGGGGCGCCUGCAUUAGAUCAAACGGAUUCGGAUGGUGAAAGGGACUCGACUCCGCCUGCAAGACAACGUCCUACCCUACCUCCGAUCGCCUCCAAGUCGGCUACCGAUGAAGGUAUCGCCUCUCCACCUUUGAGCGGAGCCACUCUGGUCGUAGACUCCUCAGACGAAGAAGUGUCUGGGCCCAGGCAGACAGAAGCCCAAAGACGAAACAUCAAGAACAUAGAGAUCGAACAGACUGUGGCACUCAAGAAUGCCGUCGCUGACAAUCCCGAGCUCAUGAAAAAUGCAAUAGCAGAAAACGCAAAGAAGGAGGAGAUGGCGGGAAUGGGGAGCGGCAAGGGAAAGAAGGUAAAGAAGACAAGGGGUACCAGCGACAUUGAGAGUAGUGAUGAGGAGGAAGUGAGAAACGUCCCCAUCAGAAGACCACUGGAAAACCGGCGGGGACCUGAACCGACUGGCGAUAGCGAGACUGAAGUCGAGGAAAUAGAGAGGGACACUUCCUGGCAAGCCCAAAACAAUCAAGAGACGAAGGGGCACAACCCCCGAGAUUCAGGCUACGAUUCCCCCGGAAGCGAUUACGGCGACAACGAUACGCAUUCGAUGCAUUCCGAGGGCCAGGUGGCAACACCCCCACCACUUUUGCCGCCUCGCCGACAGCAACCGGACCAAGAUCUUCGACAGGAUCAUCCGGAGGCCCCGGAGGCACCCAGAGCCGAAUCUCCGGUCGAUGAUGUUUCUUCGGAAGACGAGGAGUAUGUCGACGACCCGAAUAAGACACCUGCAGAGAAUGCUCGAGAAACCUGGCGGAGGAAGGCCGAUGCUGACAGUAAGAAGAAGGAGCGUCAGCAAAGGAAGAUCCAAGAAGAGGCAGACGGUCAACGCACAAAGCGAGACCAAGCUGUGGCGGAUGAUGAAGAUGAAGCUCCUCAAUCAUCCCAGCACGAAGAACCUUCGAGAAAGAGGAAUGGACAACGAGAUGGCCAACCUGGAGAUGGCGAGAUCUCUCCACUCUCCCACAAUGACGAAGCUUGGGUCAAUGAUCGCGCCAAACGGCGCGAAAGGGGCGAGAACGUACCUGAAGCUGGAGAGGUUUCCAUUAUCGAAGAUGAAACCCAGCCUCGACCAGAACAGUCACAGCGCCAGCAAAGGCCGGAAAGACCCGAGGACGACGCACCCUUGCCCGAUACCGGUUCUGAAGAAGACAAGAAGGGCAGAAAAGAGCGUAUGCGGUUUGGGCAUGAAGAUCGUAAGAAGCAGGGAGAAGCACAAGAGGAGAUUGAAGAGGUGCACAAAGCGACGCGGGAAGAGAGAAGGAAGCAGAAGCAGGAAGAGAGGGAGAAAAGACGCGAGGCCGCAGAGGGAAGGCAGCAGAGGGCCGAGAAGGAUGCCAGAGAAAGACCAUCACAGGAAAGACAAGGGCGAAAGGUGCGGGAGACUGAUGCUGACGACGGGGAUAACUCGAGGAAGGGUCGACGUCAGGCGGCCGAUGGAGAAUCUGAAGAAUCGACCGUCAGCAGCUAUACCAAGCACAACAUCUCCGUCAACCCUUUCACAUACCUCCGGUCUACCUGGUAUCUUCUCAAAGCCGCUCCGACGUGGUCCCUCCUGACUACGGGGAUCCUGGUACUAUACAUCGAGAUUAAUCGUCAGCUCUACGAGAUGCUUUCGGUCUCGUCAGGAAGUACCUCACUCACCAAGAGGGCCUCGUCUGACGCUCCCGUCGACCUCGCCUUCACUCAAAGUUGGUUCUCAGACUUAGUCAGCAAUCUCUCUUUCGACCCAACAGCCUUUUUUGCUUUUAUCAGUAUGUGGAGUAUCCUGUGCUUGCCUAUCCUUGGGCUCUUGAUUCACAAGACGAUAUCUGUUGCCGAGAACCCUCGCCCAAAGAACCCCGACGCUUGGUGGCGAAACCCCUUCACAUCAACGGGUAAACUCUGGCAGGGGUUCAAAAACUGUUGCCAAUCCAGUACCCGAGCCGCCUUGCUGGACCGACACCUUUCUGGCCCGAGACGAUUUAUGGGGCAGGCGGGAAGGUGGACCUGGCUCCGAAUCCUCAUCUUUUCCAUUCAGUUGGCGGGUUUCGUCCUGAUCAUCCGCCAAGCCAUGAGCCUUGCAUACAUGGUCGGCAUCGGAGGCUCGGAAUCGUUCUCUAUGCUCCCUGACGUGGCGUCUUCAGAAAAGUCGAUGGCGGACGUGGCGUCGAGUCUUGAGGAUCAAGGAGCCUUUGCUAUCCUCAAUUUCGUCCUUUUCCUCUCGCUCCUCGUUCUUGCCGCUUCUUGGUACGCUCUCCUCCAUGCGAGAUCCCGCCUUCCCCGUCGUGGCCAGACAACAGACGAAAAGCAGGGCUCCGACGGUAGCAAGAAGUCACGCUGGCGUCUUCCAGGCGUCCGUACGUCUCUGAAAUGGUUGGCCAUCAUGAUCAUCCUUAUUGCGGUGAUCGUCUCUCUCCUCUUCUUCCAGAACAUUGCGUCUUACAUUGCUGGGGAAGACGGCGCAUCGGAUGCUAGCAGCGAGGUGGUCAUGUUGGGAGCGAAUAUGAUAUUUUUCGUGUUGAUGGGAGCGAUGGGGUAUGUGGUGUUUGAGCUAGAGAAGGUGUGGAGGAAGCAUUUGAAGGGACGUUUGGGUGAGGGCGGAGGUUGUAAUGGGAGCGGGUGCUGGGGCUGCGGAUCUGAUGUUUCUGUAUAA